AAAAAAUGGCGUCACUUUUCUCCAAAUGAAUGUUGUGUUCAAUAUAAAAAUUGGAUCAGUUCCAAAAACGAGUUCUAAUCGAUAGAGCAGAAAAACUCCAAAAAACUAUUGGAUACGUUCCAACGCCAUCUGCACAAAAUUAUCCCCAGACGAAUAUAUUUGAGUUCUCCCACGCAUAAAUAAACUUCAUUCUUCAAAAAUACUCCCCUCCCCCUCGAAGUGACUCACCCACCGUCAGACUGUCUGUAUUAAUUCCGAAAAUCCAUCGACAUAAAAAUCACAACAUAAAUAAAAAUUAUAGGUUAUAAAAAUAAAAACAGUGAAAAGUCCCUAUUGUGUCUGACUCGACGACAGCGUCACUAAUUCACCAUUGGGUCUUGGCACAUGUGUUGUAUCAUUUCACCACUCAUUCGUGCUUGUGACACGGUUACGCACUGCUGUGGAGUAUUGUUACUUAUUUCUGCAAUAAUCAUCCAACAAUAUCGUUAACAAACCAUAUGAAAUUACCAGCAAAUAAGUUAAAAUGGGUAACCAUGUGGGACGGAGUGCCGAUGGAACUGGCAAAAAGAGUGCAACAAUGACAAAUAAUACAAAUAAUAUUAAGUCAAUGUCACGUACCCCAUCGGGCACCGAUAUCGAGCACAAUUUUGUCACGCAUUUCAGGCCCGUUGAUAAACUCAGCAAGAUUUUAUCGGAGCGCAAUCAUCACGAUAACGAUGGUCAUGGUGUCUCCGAAGACGUAUUCAUAAAGUACCUAUUCCCCCAUUACUCAGAGUUCGCUUCAAGGCUGUAUGGCUACCUCCACAAGUCGUCGAAGGCUACGACGAAGCACCUGGGUACAUCAGCCUUCAAACAGCAGAUUGAGAAGCUCCUUGGAAUAAUGAAUGACAGGACUGUGUUGGAUAUUUAUGUUAAAAUGUACUCUAAUACGAUGGACGAGAGUGGUGAGGUGACGCCACAGGGCCUAAGAGACUUACUCAUGAUUUCUUACCGAUUAGCGAUGGACAACGAAUCGACCACAUGUCCUUAUGUCCACAAGACCAUCCACGCGGCUGUGACUUCUUGCUUUCAUGGAAAAGAAAUUCUUUCUGUGAGCUUCAUCAGCAAUUGGCUUUGGCAGCAUUGUCCACGAGUUGUUUACGGAGUUCAUCGUUACGUUGUUCACGUACUUACAACGGCAUACCGAAAUGGCCAAGCACUUUUGUCCACUGAAGAGCUGCAACCGCACAUUGGCCCAGUUACACCAGUUCUGGAGAAAGUACUUUCCUUCGAGCAAGCAGAUAACAUGUUACCACUGAGUCAAGUCUGGCUGUUGUCUACGAGUUUACCUUUUUGUUUUAUACAGACUGAAGAGUCGCCGAGCAAAGAGAGUUCCGCAGUUUUUUCGUCGAAGCUCUCCAGUUAUCCAUGCCCCAGUCACUGGACCCUUCUCUACACCAGUGAUCAGCAUGGAGCUGGGGCUAACCGUCUCCUCCAUCACAUCCUGGGGUACAGGGGCCCGACGAUUGUAUUUAUUCGGGGAGAGAAUGGCAACGAGGACGGCGUUACUUACUGCAUAUGCUCGUCCAUUGAAUGGCGAGAGUCCCAUUUAUAUUGGGGAGAUGAAGACUGUGUCAUCAUCGAGCUUCAACCGUCCUACCGAAUCGUGGAAAAAGGGCCCAAAUUGUUGUACUUAAACACGAGUAUCAGGGGAUAUCCGCAUGGCCUGAGAGCUGGCAAGGAUCCACGUAAUCCAUAUAUUAAUGUUGAUCAGAGCUUUGCUUCAGUCAGCUUUGGGGGUGCACCACACAGGAUAAAGAGUAUCGAGGCUUGGGGAUGCGGGGAUCGUAAGUCCAGAGAACGACAGUUGGAGAUUAAAAAAUGGCAAGUUAAGGAGGCUGAGAGGCAGCGAGUGGUUAAACUGAGUGCAGCUGACUGGCUAGAUCACCCCGAUCGUUAUUUAUUGGAAUUAGCCGGCAGGCCGUCCUACGUCAAUGCUGAGAAAUGAAUAAUUCGUAUUUCAUUGUUCCAAUGGACAAUUUUUUGAUUUUUUUUCUUGUGUAUAUGUAAAUAUAACGAUAGAAUUAUUUUUUAAAUAGAGGAAAAUUUUGUUUCAUUUUAUUUUUACUCCUCGUCUUGGCGAUUUUAUGAUGAGGAAAGGAAGUUCAACCGCAUGGCCUUAAAAAAUAAAAAUAGAAUGAAGGAUGAAGCGAA